AUGGCAACGAGUCUGCUGGGCUUCCAGCUCAGGAACGUCCUGUUCCAGCAAACCCGGUGGGGCUUGGCUGUAAACCAGUGUCGACAAGUGAACACAGGAGACUGGAUGGGGUCGAACGGAGCAAUCCGAGAAGGUGGGGGAGCUUUCUCCAAAAGAGAGGAGGCACAGGAAGAAAUGUACUUCAGGAAAAAGGAGAAGGAGUUGCUGCAGUCUUUGAAGUCUCACCACCAGGAGGAGAUUUCUGCUCAAGAGAAAGAGAUCAAACGUUUGCAGGAGAAAAUUGAUUGGCACAAGGAGAAGUUGGAGGACCUGAAAGAACACAAGAGUUCAGAUGACUGA